AAUGUUGUUUUUAGAGAGGCGCAGAAGGCAGGAGAGUGUCUGUGAGAGUCAAUCUAACCCUGUCAUUCAAAAUCACCAGUGUUGACUCCAAGAUGGGUGAAGACUCUUUUCACGCAGAGCGAAGCACCGCUACCUUACCCAGGGAGGAAAGCACCCCGACACCACCAGCCCCAAAUGCUCAGGGUGAUCUGUGUAUCCUCCUUCCGAGCUUCAGUCCCGGCCCGAUGCCCUCUCCGCCCCCCCUUAUCCUUUCCCAUACGGGCUCCAAGUCCCUGACCAGCCCCACAGCCCCUGGCGGCCAGGUCAGCGCCAUCACAGUGAUGGCUCUGCUCGACAAGCUGAAGGUGAUGAUCGAGACAGUGCAGGAUAACCAGCAGAGGAUGGAGAGGAAGCAGGCCGAGCUGGAGGGGGCGGUGAGGACGGUGCAGGGUGAUGUGACCCAGCUCACCAAGAACCACAUGUCCACAGCCAACAGCGUGGCCAAGCUACUGGAGCGAUCGCGCAAGACUGGCCUCAAUGUGAAGGAGGUGAGGGAGCGCCUGGAUAGACAGAGCAACCAGGUGAAGCGUCUGGAGGCCAACCAUGCCCAUCUGCUGAAGAGGAACCACUUUAAAGUGCUGAUCUUUCAGGAGGAUAAUGAAAUCCCCUCCACUCUGCUUACUAAAGAUGGCCUGGCCUCCACCUAUCAGGAUGAGAUUGCUCCAUCUGCACCAACUCCACUCACUGAUUUACACCAUUCUCAAGAUGAAGGCCUACAGACCAUCAGCCUCUCCUCUGAUGACGGUGAGGAAAAAGGAGCAACCAGUCUCCUAGCAGAAGGUGGUAAUGAGUCCCUGGAUUUGCAUGAAGAUAGUUUCCCAGGUUCGGGAAGCGAACGUCUGGAGCGCUCCCGUGCUGACAAGUUCAAGCGCUCCAGUCUGAAGAAGGUGGAUAGUCUAAAAAAGGCUUUCUCGAGAAGCAACAUCGAGAAGAAGAUCAACAGGAUCGUGCCUCCAGAACAGCGUGAGAAGAUCAGGAAAAGCUUCAUCCCCAGCCACCCAAAGAGCUCCUCUUCCAAGAGCUCGUCCUUCCGCGGCUCUCCAAUGUCCUUCCAUGACAAGAAGGUACGAGAUGGAGAUGCUGACUCCUCCCAGCAGGCUGGGACCUCAGCCAGGAAUCUCAGCCCAGUAGAAGUUCCCAACUUUGGGGGACCGGAUGGUGAGCUGCCCCUGGAUGAGUUACACUCCUCAGGUGAGAAAACAAAUGGAGGCGAUCAUCACAGCCCCUCCACCCCGGGCAGUGGGGAUGGAGAGGUGUUCAUUUCAGAUAAGGGUGGAGCACUCGAGAAUGGUCCAUCUGCGACUCUGGCUGAAGAGGAAGUGGAUAAAGAAGAUGAUGACACUGAUGAUCAUGAUGAAAAUGGGAAGGAGGAAGAGGAGGAGGAGGAGGAGGAGGAGAAAGAUGCAAAACCUGCAGAAGAGGUAUCCGUGUCUCCGCCAUCAGCUGCAGCUACUGUUAAGCUAACUUCUUAGAUAUGGUUAUGUUUCUAGCACUCUGACUUCAAUCCACUUCUGAGACUUUGGGAAGUUUAGUUACUCCCUUGUGCCACUGGUAUCUUGUCCCCAAGCUUGUUGCAUGUCUGCUAAAAUAACAUUGGCCUGAAUUAACCCAAAAUAUGAUGUAACUAUAACCUAUUGUGUUAAGUUCAGAAAUUAAGCAUGUUUUUGUAGAAAUAAAUUCCAUUUAGAUUCCAUUUCAAAUAGAGUCUGUAUAAAGGCCCAGAGAAUGGUACAGCAGUUCAGACCACUGUCACCACAAUGAUACACCGAAAUAGCUAUAUUUUCCUGUGGGAGCCUGUGAAUACCAUGAAAUUGACUGAACUGAAAUGCCUGAACUCUCACUCUCUAUCGUUUUUUCUUUGUGUGUAAAAGAGGCAAUGUGUGUGCCAAUCUGUCCUUCGUUAUGCUGGAGUCCAGACUCUUUUCUGUCAAUGUACUGUACAUAAGAUUUGUGGUUUUUGUAAGCAGUACUGAUUUUUUCACACAAAGUACUUUAAUGCAAAUGCCAUGGUAUUAUCUGGAGUACAAUGUUGAAACCAUUGUAUAAUAAUAUGGUAACCAACGACAUGAAAUAUCAUUACUGUACCACCACAGUACUUUUAUACAGUAUACAGACACAAGAGGUUAUAUGUUGACAAAGUUAUGUUUUUUUAAUUUGAAAUGUUAAUUUUUAGAAUGUUUAUUAAAAUAUUUAGCAGCACUCAAUCUCAAUGCUUUAUUCAAUAAGCAGAUGUCUAUGAGGGCUGAUAGCAGUGCUUGGCAUGGUGGGAAACGUUUUUACAAAUUUUCUGGGGAAAUGCAAGCACAAUUGACUGCCAUCUCCAUGGCAACCUUCCCCAUUGCCAACAACUCUCAAAUUACUGCUUAAGUGCACGACAAAGGCACACGUACACAGCUUGAUAAAUACAAAUGUACAGUGCACCAGAAGUAUUUGUGUGGCCAAACAUUCUGUUUAUGACAACUUCACAUUCUUAUGAAGACUAACAUUGUUUAGAUGAUUCAUUGAUGAAAUACUCUGUAUUCUGCAAGAAUUGCUGCCAGAAAGAAUUCUAAACUAAAACACUUCCCCCAAUGGAGGUUCUAUGUAUCUCACACUAAACUACUUAGUAGUACACACACUACUGAGACACAGGAAUGGCACUUUAGGGUUGGCGAUUCCACACUGCUGAAGUAUGCAAUACCUGCAUGUUCUACAGGUGUGCAGCCUGCAGGACUCUUCACUGCCCCUCUCGGACCACACUGCUCCAUGCUGGUGUUAUAUCAUGCCAAGGCAAUGAUGCUCAACACUGAUAAAACAACUUUGUCUGUGAAGCACCUUGGUCAGACUCUGCACAGCCGUCAUGUUGUUUUAAUGUGCUAUAUACAUAAAAUCCUUGUUUGUGUUUGGUGGAUUUUGUUUACCACAAUGAACAAUUAUCUAGACAACA